CUGCCCCGCCCACUCAUAGUGCGUCCCGGGUUGCAGCACCGUUAGGAGCAGAACCGGCAUCAGCACAGAGAGACUGAUAGAGAGCCGAGCACAGUAGCGACACUCCACACCCGCCCGGAGAACAGCAUGGCGGACCGGGAGCAGCUGCUCCAGAGAGCCCGUUUGGCGGAGCAGGCGGAGAGGUACGAGGAUAUGGCUGCAGCUAUGAGAGCGGUCACAGAAUUCAACGAGCCAUUGUCUAACGAAGACCGAAACCUGCUGUCCGUAGCAUACAAAAAUGUAGUGGGUGCUCGAAGGUCCUCAUGGCGAGUCAUCAGUAGUAUUGAGCAGAAGACACUGGCUGAUGGUAAUGAGAAGAAGCUGGAGAAGGUGAAAGCCUACAGAGAAAAGAUCGAAGCUGAACUGGAGGCUGUAUGUAAUGAAGUCCUGUCUCUGCUUGACAAGUACCUCAUCAAGAAUUGCAAUGACUUCCAGUAUGAAAGCAAAGUUUUCUACCUGAAGAUGAAGGGAGAUUAUUACCGCUACCUGUCAGAAGUAGGCUCUGGGGAUAGGAAGCGAAGUGUAACGGAGGCCUCUGAAGCUUCGUAUAAGGAGGCCUUUGAAAUUAGCAAAGAGCACAUGCAGCCUACUCACCCUAUUCGUCUAGGCCUGGCCCUCAACUUCUCAGUCUUUUAUUAUGAGAUACAGGGUAGCCCCGAACAAGCUUGCCUCCUCGCCAAGCAGGCCUUUGAUGAUGCCAUCGCUGAGCUGGACACGCUUAACGAGGAUUCCUACAAGGACUCCACCCUCAUCAUGCAGCUCCUGCGUGACAACCUGACCCUCUGGACAAGUGACCAGCCAGACGAAGAGACCGGCGAAGGCAACAAUUAAAGAGGGUGUUGCGUCUUGCUACAGCCCAUUACUUACCCUCUCCCCUUCACCACAUGCUUCCCCCACCCCCAUCGCUGCCCCUGACAUUACCCAGUGCUUAUCAUAUCCGUAUCAUUGGCACAACUGCUCAUACUGCUGCGUGCCCGGGGAGAUGGGCUCUCGUGGCGGGGCUCUCUUGGGCAUUGCUGGAUUGCGUUGGCACAUCAGCCGUUUCUCGGGUUGCCCUCGCGUUGUUCAGGGGAUAAGGGAGGCUGCAGUUUCAGAGAGGCGCCCGCACUCUCCUAGCCGAUAGGGCACUCACGGGCUGGAAAGAUGCAAAGUGGUCCCGUUUUUAUUUUGUAAAGAAACUGUUUUUAGUUUCCAUUUGUGCAGCAGUCCCUUUGCAUGUAAAUGACUCCCCGUUCCCUUUCUUCCCACAGAGAAGGCACCACACAGCUCCAGCUGUGAAUGGCUGCAGUUCCCCUAGUGGGAAAUGGGGGUCCACCUGUUUUUGUUAGCUAACGAUAGACGUUUUUAAAUGUGAGCUUUGUGAAGUUUCUAUUUGCCCUUUUAACUUAUGGUGUGAUCAUUCUACACCCCUCCUGAGUUUGAAUGCCCUAAAAGUACUUGUGUUUUUGGGUUUGGUUUGGUUUUUUGUUUGUUUUUUAUUUUCUAAUCACUUCAUUAUUCUGGUAAAGGGCCUCAUUAUUUGGUUGUAAACUUUGUGCAGGACAGUCCUUUUCAGGACUGGCUGCAUCUGCACAAGUGUGUAUUAGCCUGUUCAUGAUGGAUGCCAAUAAAAUGCCAGACACCCAAUAUAAAUGUUUUGAAAAUGCGUGGAUGAAAUAAAUGCUGCUUUGAGGAUAUUA